AGUGUGCGACCUGAUGGCAUGUCUACCUGACUGCGUUUCACGUAGACUUUCUUGAAAUUUCAGAUGAACUUGAUGGUGUGUCUUGAUUUUAUCUUGGGAGUGAUGAUGCAAGUGUUCAACAUACAAACAGACCAAACGAGUUUGAUAACGGCCACCUGGGAUCAUGCGGUCAAUUCCAAGGCCAAGCUACAGAGCGCAUUGACGAGUGAAUCGAAAAUGAUAGAAGCUGAUGUUAUUACUGGUCAUUUGGUUGAUGAAGAGGGAGAGAAAACUGACCGGAUACCAAUAAUGGGUCAUCCUCCCUCAAUAACUUCAGACUUGAGUCUUAAAGAAUUCUUAGAUGCAUGGAAGAAUUCAAAUAAAAUCCUAAAACUCGAUUUUAAAUCAACCGAAGCAUUUAAACUAGCAUCGCCAGUCAUUGAAAACGCUUUUAAAGAUUCACCUCCAAAUCGCCUACCUUGGUUGAAUGCAGAUAUUUUACCUGGUCCCGGUCCAGGAGACAGUCCUGGAGUAGACGCAGACACUUUCCUCAAAGUAUCGUCAAAAAGUUUUCCAGAUUCAAUUUUAUCGUUAGGCUGGACUACUAAACGCAACGAUAACGACAAAUAUUCAGAGCAUUACAUAAAUGCUAUGGUAGACGUAUUGUUUAAAAACAAAUACAUGAACCCUGUGACUUACGCUGUACGAGCGUCAUUUGCAGUCAAUUCAAUAUCGGAACUUCAAUAUUUGUUGGAGACAUCGCCAGUUGGCUCAACUCUAACUGUCUGGUGUAGUGAUUCAAAAGAUAUCAUCAACUAUCCAAACCUGGUACAGUUGAUAAAUACCGUUGGGGCGAAUCGUGUGUACCUGGACUUACCUGAUGAAAUGUCUAAGAUUUUUUUCGAAAUGUACACAUCCAGUAGUGUAAGAGCAAGCAAUAAUGUUGGGUUACAAUCUUUGUUCUUGGCGUCAUUAUUUGUACUAAAAAAUGUAUUCCUUUAAAACAUUUUCUAUAAUAAUAUUAUAAAGUAAAGAGUAAAAUCUAUUGAAACAUUGCUGUAUGAUGUGUAAAUAAAUAAAAAUAAAUGUCUUAUAUACCUA